AUGACGUCCGACACGCACAAGGUUGCCGUGCUCACAUCUCCUCAAGAACCCACCGCCAAACCGACCUUCUCGAUCCAAAAUCUUCCUCGUCCUGUCCCCGGCCCAAAUGAACUCCUCGUCCGCCUCUCUCUCACCAGCCUGUGCGGUUCCGAUCUGGGCAUGGCCCUCGGUCACAUGGGUCCCGUCGGUAACAUCCUCGGUCACGAAGGCGUCGGAACAAUCGCCGCCCUCGGCUCAAACGUCUCUUUUCUUGAUCCGACCGUUGAAGUUGGCCAGCGUGUGGGUGUAGCAUGGCUACGUGAUAUCUGCGGCGUUUGCAACAUGUGCACUGAUCUUCGACAUGAGGGUGAGACGCGCUGUGCUGAGGCUUUGCAUUCAGGGAAGGCUUACGAUGGGACUUUUGCCGAGUAUACCCUCGUGCCAUUGAGAUAUCUGACGCGGAUUCCUGCUACAUUCGACAAUGUGCCAGACGAGGAGAUUGCCCCCAUUUUGUGCGGAGGCGUCACAGCUUACAAGGCUAUCAAGGACUGCAAUCUCACUCCAGGCCAGUGGAUAGUCAUCGCUGGUGCAGCAGGCGGCGUGGGAGCCUUGGCAGUUGCGUUUGCGCAUGCGAUGGGAUAUCGUGUCAUUGCUGUGGAUGCCGGGGCGUCGAAAGAGGCAUACUGCAAAUCUCAAGGAGCUGAGCAUUAUGUCGAUGUUACCUCGAGCGAAGACGCUGGAAAGCAGGUCAAAAACUUGACAAAUGGCCAAGGAGCCAGGGCUGUCGUCGUUACGGCUACGGCAGCCCCUGCGUACCAGAAGGCGUUUGACAUGCUCGGUCCUUUCGGAACGUUGAUGUGCGUAUCGAUCCUUGGGGAGGAGGCAAAAGUUAUGUUCCAUCCGUUGUGGUUUAUUGAUAAUGGGUGGACCGUCAAGGGCUCGAGCGUGGGUACGAGGGCAGAUAUCCUAGAGGCGUUAGAGUUUGUCAGGAGGAGGGUUGUCAUUCCCAGGAUCAAGUGGGCGGACCUUGAGGAUGUUGAGGGUUUGAUGCAGAAGAUGUCCAAGGGACAGUUGGAAGGGAAGUACGUCAUGAAGCUAUGA